GGUCACCUCAGCCCAAGUUGGAUUAAUUCGAACAAAAUACUACAUUGGAUCCUAAUAGAGUUAACUCAAUUCAACUCAGUUUAGAUUCACUGCUAUUAUAAAUGUUAUAGUCUUUAGAAUAUUGAUUUGGGCGUCAACAUUGGGCUGGCUUUAGCCUUGACUUUCGAUAUCGAGCCCAUAGAUCUGUUUGCUACUGGCCCAAUUGAUAAUGCAAACCAAAACCCUCAGAGUUAAAAUGCACAAAAACUAGUUGCGUGAUCUGUGAUUCUGUCUGCGCUGCCGGAAGAGAAAAUGGAGAAAGCUUUAAGAGUAUACUGUGCCGUUCUGAGGCUGGUUCGUCGUUUGCCAAAAGACACGAGACCUUACUAUGCUAAAUACGCCCGCGAAAACUUCGUCAACUACCGAGAAGUUGACCACGACCCAAAUGCCCUUGAUGAGCUCUUCCAAAGAGCUUACAAUCACUCCGUCUGGGUCCUCCAAAAGUACUCGGUUGAUGAAUCAGCGGCAACAAAGCUGAAGGAAAUUUGUUUGAGUUGAUGUAUGCGAGGUGUUUGUUGUUAUGGGUAAACGAGUUGUUUUAGAAAAUGUUAUAUUUUAUACAUUUUUUUAUUGGCGUUUUAUGAUUAAUGUUUUGAAUGAGUUUAUAUAAAUGAUGGUGAGACAGCCAUCAUGAUGUAUCAGAAUUUACAGAAAUUUUUUUAUUUUUCCAGCUUUCUUUCUUUCA